UGGAGCUCCAGAAAGUUCUGGCACAGUCUGCUGCAGUAUAUAAAGAACCAGACAUCUUCCUCCGAGGCAGUAUUCAAGACGGCCGUUUACUGGCACUUACGAACAAAAAGCUACUACAGAUCCUCCCACGAAGAUGGUUAAAGAGACAGGUUUCUAUGACACUUUAGGUGUGAACCCUAAAGCCACACCAGACGAGAUUAAAAAAGCAUACAGAAAACUGGCACUGAAAUACCACCCGGACAAGAACCCGAAUGAAGGAGAGAAGUUCAAGCUGAUAUCUCAGGCCUACGAGGUUCUGUCAGAGCCCAAGAAGAGGGACCUCUACGACAAGGGGGGAGAGCAGGCUAUCAAGGAUGGGGGCAUGGGGGGAGGAGGUUCCCCUAUGGACAUAUUCAACAUGUUCUUUGGAGGCGGAGGCAGAAUGCCUCAGCAGAGGGAUAGGAGAGGGAAGAACGUGGUCCAUCAGCUCUCUGCGACUCUGGAGGAGAUGUACAAUGGAACCCAGAGGAAACUGGCCCUGCAGAAAAACGUCAUCUGUGAAAAAUGUGAAGGUUACGGCGGUAAGAAGGGCACCCUGCAGACGUGUGGUUCAUGUAAAGGCAGAGGAGUGGAGAUCAAGGUGCAGCAACUCGGGCCAGGCAUGAUACAGCAGAUCCAGACCAUGUGUGCUGAGUGCCAGGGAGAGGGUGAACGUUUCAACACUAAAGACCGAUGCAAGACCUGCAACGGACACAAAGUAGAACGCAAGAAGAAGAUUCUAGAGGUUCACAUUGACAAAGGUAUGAAGGGGGGUCAGAAGAUAGCAUUCCACGGGGAGGGUGACCAGGAGCCUGGUCUGGAACCAGGUGACGUGGUGAUCGUGUUGGACCAGCAGGACCACCCAGUGUACCAGAGGCAGGAGGAUGACCUGCACAUGAAGAUGAGCAUCAAACUGGUGGAGGCCCUCUGCGGCUUCAAGAAGACAAUCCGUACGCUAGAUGGCAGGGUGCUCAUUAUCACCUCUCCACCAGGGAAAGUAGUGAAGGCCAACGAUGUGAGGUGUGUUCAUAAUGAAGGAAUGCCCAUCCACAGAGACCCUUACGACAGAGGACAGCUCAUCAUUCAUUUCCAGGUGGAGUUCCCAGAUAAACACUGGCUGCCAGAGCACCUCCUCCCCAAGCUGGAGGCCCUCCUCCCCCCCAGAGACGAGCAACUGAUCUCAGACGACAUGGAGGAGGUAGACCUGACGGAGAUGGAUCGCAACUACUCCCAACAGAGGAGCUCCAGCAGUGGAGGAGGGAAACCGAGCUUCGACGAUAUUGACGAUGAGGAGGGGGGCGGCCAGGGCGUGCAGUGCCAGCAGCAGUAGAAUGUAGAAACUCAUGCUGCGCUGAAUGUUUCGUUUGUAGAAUCUAUGUAUACAAAUCACGUCAAACUCAGUUCCUGAAGGACUGGGUUUGACAAAAGCCUUAUUCAUUAGAGUUCAUAGUCCACUGUUCUCAAGCGCUGCACUGAAAUGCCUACUUUCACAGCAAUGUCAUGUUUUAGGCAGUACAUCCAAGCCAUAUCGGUUGUUUUCCUCCAGAUACUAUUCACCACGCCUGUUGUUUACCUGUCUGGAUAUACUGAGGGUCAGGUUAGGAGAAUUAAUGUGGCAGAUUAGGUGUAAUAACCUUUAUUCCCCUAACCUGCUAUGUUAAAGUCAGGGAAAGGGUUAACUACAAAGCGCCAGUUGUCAAAAGCUGUUGUCCCCGACACGACCACUAGAUGGAGCUGUAGGCCAACUCCAUCUAGCCACAAUGGGAGAAACAUAAACGGACCAUCACUCCCAACAUACAUCAGUAUCAUUACACCUGCACUGUUUUUCUCCAUGUGUAGUGGAAGUUGUGUGUGUGUUGUUUUAUUUUAUAUGGAUAUGUUCAUGAGAGUGAUACUAGGAGGUACAGGAAACAGACUUGUUGCUUAGGUUCCAUAACUCACAACGGGAACCCGUAUGCUUUCUAUGAAGGUAAUGUUACUUUCCCAAAUAAAACCUCAAGAAUGCCUUCUCA